AUGAUGAAAUAGGGCGAGGAAUCCCUAUAUGUUGCCAUCACUUUUUCGAUUGCGUAAUUGCUACAAUUAACCUAUCUGGCUUUCGGAUCUAAAACAAUGUACGUGUGGAACAAUGACGGAGCUGCAACCGAUCUCAGUAAUAUCCUUUCGUAACUGAUUUAAAAUAAUUCAUAAGAUACUUCGUCAUAAGUGCUCACUUGAAGCAUUAGAAAUUCGAGCUCUACCUAGCCUUUUUUUACACCUUUUUUGGAUUGGUGGUUUUAUCAGUUGCACUAUUUAUCAUAUUUGCAUUCGCGUUUAAGGUAGCAGUACUUCCCCUAAUGAUACUAAAAUCGUUGCUGAAGCUAUUUCUGACAAUUGGCUUUCUCCCCAUUAUGCUCUUAUUUUUUGGGGUACAAUAUACCACUAUUACAUUUUUAGCUUCUGUCAUGCAAAGUAAAUACCGAUGGAAUUGAGGUUUGGUCCUACAACGAAGACGUUGAAUGUUGGGGCAACGAUCAUUACAUCCACGCUAUAUUUGCAAUCAUAGCCAUCCUAUUAUUUCAGAUCUUGACCAGCACAACAUGUUUAAUAUACUUCGAGAGUAAAUUUGUCUAUGGAAAUGCAUAUGCCUAACGAUCAGGAAGACCCUACUCCUAUUAUCACAUCAACGUCUUCAUCAUCAUCAUGUCAUAUCAACUCCUUGAAACCCCAAGGUUCAGCUCUCUCUUAUUGACCAUUUUCACCAUCUCAAAUUUUUUCCUCUUUUAUUAAAUUCACACAGAAAAACCCUUCUAUAAUAAAGUCAUCUAAAAGUUGUGGUCCAUAAUCACCGCAUUGAAUAUGUGGACUUCCAUAAUGCUAAUUUUCGCAUAUCUUUUGGAAGGCCAAUUCUUUAGAGAUGUCAUCUGGGGUUGGGUCGGAGGUAUUCCCCUGAUUGUUUUGAUCAUAAUAAAUGAGCAAUUAUUUGAAGUCGACUUAUUGAGUUCGAAUAUCAAUAGAGCAAUAUCAGGAUAGCAGAUCAUCAUCCUGUGUGAGUACCUACUAUCACUGUUGGAUAAGAAUGACCAACACUCAUCACUGAUGUUAGAUGGAUUUAUUGAAGUACACAAACAAACUUGUUAUAGGAAUGAUUGCAUAUUAAAAUCUAAGAAAAGUCUGAAUGAAAAAAAUAAGCAUGCUUCUCUUCACGACCUGGAAAGAUACUCUGUAUUCAUAGAAUUGAUUAGCCAAAUCUUUUAUGAUGGCAUCAAGCAGUUCCCACAGGACGUCUUUUUGAGAUUAAAUUACUCGUACUUCCUAAUCGAUAGACUAAAGUUGAAAUAACAAGCCUUGAGUGAAUUGCAAUAAGCAGAAUCAAGUGGUCCAAGUUUCGAUCACGAAUUCAUUAUCUAUCGAUAUAAGAGAAUAAUGGAAGACGACUUGCAGGAACAAUAGCAAGAGAAUUUGAAUCAAGUUGAUUUGGUCACUGAAAUUGCCUUUCAGACUCAAAGCAAAUAGUUAAUCUAGCAAAUAGAGAAAACAUCUCUUAUUUACAUUGACUUUUGGGCUUAAUUGCAGGAAGAGGUCCCAGACAUUGGUAGAAUCAACAAUUUGGGAUUUAAGAUACUGGAUUCCGUAAAUUUAGUUUAAGAAUAGUGGAAUAGAUUAAAGCGACUAAAUUAGAAGGCAUCCAAGCUAAAUCGUUUGAUGGGCAAGUACUACUCACAAAUUAUGAAUGACGAAGAAAUGGGAUAAAAGUUGAUUCAAUAAAGUCGCAUGAAUUAAAAUGAUAAGUUUAAAGCAAUAGAUUUAGAAGAAAUCCAAAAUGAGUGUUUACCUACGAUAACCAUAUUGACUGAUGUUGAUAAAAUUGGUACGAUUAGCAAUCUGAAUAAAGCAGCCUGUAGUUUAUUGGGAUAUGCUAAAACUGACUUAGUCAAUAGGAAAUUAAAUUUGAUAUAGCCUGACCUGUAAUUAUAGAUAUUUAAUUCAUAGUUUCUCAAAGUACCAUGAUCAUUUCCUUGAGAAUUUUCUGGAAAAGUUCCAGGACAACAAUCCAAAUUAAUAAGUUAAAGAAAAAUCUAUUUACGUUAAGAAUAAGUAGGGUUACAUCAUACCAUGUCAAUUGAAUAUCAGAAUGAUUCAAACUAUCAAUUCAGGUGUUUUUAUGUGUGGGACAAUCAAAUAGGAUAUCUAUCAUAAACCUUUAAGUAUAUUUUUGUGUCAAACAAAUGGUAUCAUUGAAAAUAUCAAUUCCACUUGCAUCAGGAUGUUUGGAUUGGAGUUGAAAUCAAUUACUAUUAAACCUGUUAACAUUUUGGAUAUCUUUCCAGAUAUAUUUGAUCGCAAGGAAGAAUUACUAUAAAAAGCAGGUGGAAUUGUAACCUACAUCAUUGGAACUCGAUCAUCGAAGACCAAUACAUCUCAUAAUUCAUUACAAGAUUUAGAAAUAGAACAUUCAUAAAUACUUGAUCAUUAAAAUAAAUAAUAAAUUUAAUUUUAAUGCUACCUUUAAGAAAUUAAGUUUUAAUGUAUAGAAGACGAAAUCAUCCAAAAUAAACUGCAAGGGUAUAUUAUAAAGUUAGACAAAGUUAAAUCUGCAGAGAAGAUCUAAUUGUAUACACAAAAUAAGAGCAUUUAAAAUCAAUUUUAAUUUAAAUUUAAUUAUUUAACUCUAACUUAUGUGCUGGAUUUCGGAAAUGGAUUAGAUUCCUAAGAUCCCACUGUAAAGGUUGAUUAAAGUAUUAUUUGGGAAGAUUAAACGAAAAUAUCACAAUAGGUCAUUAUUGAUCCUCAGAUUUAAGGAAGUGAUUGCUAAACCAAUUAUGCAGAGGGAAUCAAAAUCGUCAGAUUAAUUGGAGAUCGAAUUGUUGAGAUAGAAGAAUCUAAGUCAGAUGAAUAUGAAGAUGACAAUAUGCAGAGUCUCUUUUAAUAGAAUGACAACAAUGAAGAUGAUUAAAAGAAUGAAAAAGAUACCAUAAAUCUAUAUAGAUCAAAGAACCAAUUGGAAUAAUUGUUAUCUCAAUCUAAAAUACCGAGAACAGCAAUCAACUUCAGAAUAUUCAUAAAUAUAAUGACAUUAGUUUUGGUAUUGAUAACUUUCUUAGAAUAUUUUAUCAACUCUGAUUUCAACUAGAAUCUAUUGGACUCUUUGCCUUUGGUGUCAUGGAACAACUAAAGAUCCAGUACCUUAAUGGGAAUAUAAUCAGUCGUACAGGACUUGAAAAGCGUACAUUAUGACUAACUUCCUUUGUUGAAAGAUCCAGAGUUAGGGUAUACGAUACUUGAGAAACAGUUUAGAGGGUGGUUGGAUAAGGAAUUGGCUUAAUUGAUUUAAUUGCAGAAAGAUUUGACUUUGGUUUCAGCUGAGAUUAAUGAAGAUUAUAAAUGGGUCUAGGAUUAUUAUGAAAUGGAAAACGUUGAAAUGGUUUCUUUGGAGGGAGGAAAAUAAAGUUAUACUUUUAAUGAAGCUUUGCAAUCUGCAAUAGCUAAAGCAUUGUAAAUCAAUAGUAGUUCUUUGGAUGAAAUUAAUGAUAAGAAUGGGGACGUUUAUUAUAUUGAAUAUAAUGUUUUCAACUCUUUAACACAAAGUUUAACUAUUCCAGCCGAAUAUUUUAAAUACAAUAUUAUAUCAAGAGGAGAAAUAUUAAAAACUUCAGUGACUGCAUUUCUGACUGCAGCAUCUAUCAUAUUGUUUCUUUAGUAUUUAAUUACAUUAUACUAGGAUAUGUUUGAUUAUUUUAUUCAUAAUAAAGAUCUAAGUAGUAAAUUAAGCAGCAUUGCAAUUAUUCUUAGAUCUCAAUGAGAAAAAAAUUAAGUCUAUCUAUGUUAAGUGUGAGAAUUUCAUUACAAGUCUUUAAGUUGGGGAUGAUGAUGAUGAUGUAAUCAAUGCAAUUAAUAAAUUGAAUAGUUCUUCUCAGAUAAUGAUGAAAAGGAAGAGGAGAACGAGAACAAAGAGAAAGAAAAAGAGGAAGGGGAUCAUUUAUUGAAUGGCAGAAAAAAGAGGAAGAAGUUUAGGAACUCCAAUUAGAAUUACAAGCAUUUAAUAUUUGCUUUGUUAUUGGUUAUCGAAGUCAUGGCAGCAUAUUUUAUAUAUUUAUUUGUUUCAGUCUAGGUAAAUUCCAAUUUAUUAUUUUAGUCUGAAACUUCUGAUAUCAUAGAUUUAAUACCUGUGUUUAAUUAGACAUCCUUCGCAGAGUGCUAUUACAGGUAUUCUGAUAAUGCCUUAAGAAAAUCAUUAGAAGUUGAAAAGUACACUUUUGUUGGCAACUCAUCAGUCGAAGUUCUCAACUUUUUGAUUGCUGAACUGUAUAACUUGGAUGCAGCCAUACACUAAAUCCAUUCCUAAAAUUAAGACAUUCUCAAUUCAGACUACCUAGAUGUAAAGAUCAAUUGAAAUAUUGUAGGUAUUUAAUAAUAUCUUCAUUUUAACACCUUGUGAUUACAUAGUUCAAAUAGACACGGAAAUAACCUAUGAUAUUUGCUUAACCUUUAAUGAUGGAGUCUUGCAAUAAGGUUUAUCUAUUGGAAUGGCGAAAUUUUUCGAGAGUUUUCGACAAGUCCUGAACUCUUAUAAUGCAUUCAAUGAAUCUUAAGAUUAUGAACUAGUUUACAAAGUUUCUGAAAAUAAGAGGACCAAUUAUAUGAUCAAUUUAAUAAAUACUAAUCAGGCUUACAAUAUGAGAUUGAUGUAGGAAAGAUAUAUAAAGGCUGCUUAUCAGUAUAUAAGUUAGGCCUUAAUCAGCUCAGUUAAGAACAAUGCAUAAGACCAUAAAAAUUUAAAAGUUGCACUAUUUAUCAGUUUCAAUAUUUUUGUGUUUUUCAUUUACUUUUUUAUAUGGAUUCCUCUAGUAUUCCGUAUUCUAAGUGAUAUGCUCAAAAAUCGAUUAAUGUUAACAAUAAUCCCAUUACAAGUAAUUCAUAAAACUGCAUCAAUAAGACUAUAUAUUAGAAAAAUUAUAAAUCAUUGA